AAACAUUUUCUGUGAAUCUCGUUUACAAGACAAGCCAAAAAACAACAAGUCUACUCUGCAUCAAGAUCUGUCGGUUCCUUGAACCGUUCUUAAGGUGAAUAAUAUGGAUAUGGAGAAGAAACAUAUGAACAACAUAGCCUCUAUGAGUUAUGAAGAUCAAAUAAAUGGAUCCAGUGGAGAACAAAACUUCAGACACGCUCUGUUCUUCGGAUUGUUCGAAGACCCAGAAAGGAAGAGGCUCCAAAGUGGGAGUAUGAAGAGGCAAUACAGCGACAUGGGCGAUAAUUAUCACAGAGUAUACGAACAUAAAGAAGAAGAAGAAAAGAAGAGGAUCGAUGUGAGGGUGUUGAUGCUGUUGGAGUAUUUCAGAGAGCUUUACGUGAGGGAGAUUCAGGUUCUGAAGAAGAUAUUUCCAGGAGUAAAAGACGAGUUUGUGGAUUUCUUCAAGAAGGUAGGAGAAGCCAUGCCCCGAAUCAAGAGGAGUCAAAGCCUCGGGUCAUUACAUGUGGCCCCGAGAGCCAUUGAUCCGAUGGCAAAUGAGCGGUUCAAGGUUACAACGGUAAGCACGGGCGGCACCAGUGGCGGCCCUACUGGUCAGGGCCAGACCAAGAAGUAGUUGAUUAGACUAUACAUGAAAUGAAACAAUGAUUUUUCAUUAUGAACUAGUGUUGCAUUCUAUAAGAAAAGAAAUAAGGUCCAAUUCUCAUGGUUCUGCAAAGAUUUGCUUCUCAAAAUUUAUUUACUUUUGAUCCAGUCUUUUUGGGUCGUGUUUCUGUUUGUUGUAUAUACAACACUCUACAUGUAAAAACUCUGACAGGAUCUUGUCUUAAAUUCA